GUUCGUUCACGUAAAGGUGCAGUAGAUGUGAGUGCAGUGAAUGAGCAACGUCGAAUUUGCCAGGCCUUGCUAACUGAACAACGCAAUCAGACAUCGUUUUUUGUUGCCGCUUUAUUACCUGUUCUUAAUAAUCAGCUUGGCCUCCUGGAUGAGAGCAGUCAUGUUCGUCAGGUAACAGAACAUUUGCAUGGAGCAGUGCGGACGAGCAAAUCGACAGCAAUAAUUGAUACAAUUCUCAAUGAUAUCCAUCAAGGAUCGGAUCAUUCCUGGCGCAGUUGUCUGUCCAGCAAUGCUAAUCGAUCAUCCUGUAUCUAUGGUACUGCUGGUGAUGAUAUAUCAGUGAGAACAUCAUCACCAACACCAAGUACAUGUACAUGGCCUGCUUCUGUUGAUGCAGUCAAUUCGAGAACCUAUACACCACCAUCACCAUCACAACCGUUCACUUUUGCCCUCAAAAAGCCACCGCUACCGAAAAGAACCAUCACAGCAACGAAUUCAGUGGUCGGCACAGUACCCGAUUUCAGUGGAUCAUCGGACGAACAAACAUUUAAACGAAACGGAAGUUUGCUGUCGUGUUCAUCGACCGAUAUAUCGAGCGAGACAACAGUGCGACGGCCAUCCAGACCGCUAAGUUUUGCUUGCGAAGAUGUGGUAACGGCACGCCCGAACGGUACACCACCAACAGUUCGUAAUGGCCCUGUCAAUAAUGGUACCUGUACGGCGAAUGAUGGUAGUUGUAAGCCUCCGCCACCGCCCGAACGACGUAAUUCGACGAUCACAGCAGCCACUCCAACAGCACCUUCGGUUGCCGAAAUACGAGCUGCUGGUGGUACCACGGCAGCAUCAUCUGAAUACGCUUCAUCCAUUGCUUCGUCCAGUGAAUUUAGCCGCGAUCAGUUCACAAUGCGAUAUGUUUGA